GAGUAAUUUCUUGUACAAACCCAAAAGACCAGACUUUCUUUUUUAUUCUUUCCCAAAGAACAGCUUAAACUGCUGUAGAAUUCCCCCAUACAUAUCAAGCAAAACUCGAUUAUUACUGCUGCAAAACAAUCAAUACUCUCACCAACUUCUAAUUUUUAAAUUUUUUAAUUAAAAUAAUCACAAAGUCAAAGUUUUGGGCAAAUACCCACAUCUUUUUUUCAGACUUUUCAAUCUAAUUUUCUCUUUCCUGAAUUAGGUUUUCAAGUUUUCUCUCUCCUCAAGAAAUUUUGAGAGAACCCUUUACACUCUUGCAGACUUGCUGCUGCAAAACCCAUUUCCAGCUUUCUUUUUUUUGUUUUGAUUAAGCAAAGUUUUUGCUUAUCAAUAAAAAAUCUCUAUCUUUGCUGUAGUUUGUUGGGCGUUUGGGAUUUUUUUUAAUUUGUUUUUUAGAAGAUUGUUCUUGAUGGGUUGUUGGGGAAAUAGAUGUUGAUUUAUAGAGAUAGAAGGUGAAGCUGUAGAUAGAAUUUUAUGGAUAACUUAUGCUGCUUCAGUUCAGUCUCUCAGAUUGUAGGAGGACGUUCUUCCGGUGCCUCUGGCAAGGGAAAAAGUCAUCAAGGUUCUGCCAAAUAUGGCUUCAGUUUGGUGAAAGGGAAAGCAAACCAUCCCAUGGAGGAUUAUCAUGUCGCUAGGUUUGUGCAGUUUCAGAGACAUGAACUUGGCCUGUUUGCCAUAUAUGAUGGCCACUUGGGCCAUAGUGUGCCUGCUUAUCUACAAAAGCACUUAUUUGCCAAUAUUUUGAAAGAGGAAGACUUUUGGACUGAUCCAUACAGAUCAAUUAUGAAAGCCUAUGAGAGAACUGAUCAAGCCAUUCUUAACCACAAUCCUGACCUGGGAAGAGGUGGCUCAACAGCUGUUACGGCUAUUUUAGUGGAUGGACAGAAGUUAUGGGUAGCCAAUGUAGGAGACUCUCGAGCAGUUCUUUCUAGAAAAGGUCAAGCAGUACAGAUGUCUACUGACCACGAACCUAAUACAGAACGUGGCAGUAUAGAAGAUCGAGGUGGCUUUGUCUCAAAUAUGCCAGGUGAUGUUGCCAGGGUUAAUGGGCAACUUGCAGUUUCUCGUGCCUUUGGGGACAAGAACCUCAAAUCACAUUUGCGGUCUGAUCCUGAUAUAAAACGUGUUGAUAUUAGUGCUGAUACCGAUCUUCUGAUCCUUGCCAGUGAUGGUCUUUGGAAGUAAGAUUGCUUGCUUAUAAGCUGAUGGUAAUACCUUGCAAAACAACUCAGGUAAUGUCUAAUCAAGAGGCAGUUGACAUAGCAGGAAAGAUCAAGGAUCCCCUCAAAGCUGCCAAGCAAUUAGCAACCGAAGCUCUUCAUCGAGAUAGCAAAGAUGACAUAUCCUGUAUUGUAGUCCGUUUCAGAGCAUAAAGCAUUGUGCUUGGGAAAAAAAAUGUAUAUUCUGAUUUCUGGGGGCCUUCAUAUUUAAAAAAAAAAAAAGAAAAAAGAAAAAAAAAGCUUGU